AUGGUAGUCAGAAUUGGAAUCAACGGUUACGGACGCAUCGGACGUCUCGUGCACAGGGCUUCCCUUGCUCUUGACACGGUCGAGGUUGUCCACGUCAACGACCCCUUCAUGACCCCCGAUUACCUCAAGUACCUGUUCAAGUACGACUCGGUUCACGGCGGACUCGCCCAUGAUCUGAGCGUCACCGAAGAUACUCUCACAGUCGACGGCAAGAAGGUCAAGUUGACGUUCGAGAGGGACCCUGCCGCCAUCCCCUGGGGCAAGCACGACGUCGACGUCGUCGCCGAGUGCUCGGGCGUCUUCACCUCUACUGAGAAGGCGAAGCUGCACCUCGAGGGCGGCGCCAAGCUCGUCAUCAUCUCCGCUCCGACCAGCGACUCCACGCCCAUGUACGUCUUCGGCGUGAACCACACGAGCUACGAUAAGUCGGUGCGCGUGAUGUCGAACGCCAGCUGCACCACCAACUGCCUAGCGCCCCUCGCCAAGGUCGUGAACGACAAGUUCGGCAUCGUCGAGGGCCUCAUGACCACGGUCCACGCAGUCACUGCAAACCAGCUGACCGUCGACGGCGCGUCCCGCGGCGGCAAGGACUGGCGCGCUGGCCGCUGUGCGGGCGUUAACAUCAUCCCCGCAACCACCGGUGCCGCCAAGGCCGUCGGCAAGGUCAUUCCGGAGCUGAACGGAAAGCUCACCGGCAUGGCCUUCAGGGUCCCCGUGGCCGACGUCAGUGUGGUCGACCUCACCGUCAAGUUGGCCAAGCCAACCAAGUACGAGGAGCUCGUCGCCGCCGUCAAGGAGGCCGCCGACGGCCCACUCAAGGGCAUUCUGGGCUACGUCGACGAGGAGGUCGUCUCCACCGACUUCGUCGACGACAAGCGCUCGAGCAUCUUCGACGUCAAGGCCGGCAUACCGCUCAACGACACCUUUGUCAAGUUGGUCAGCUGGUACGACAACGAGUGGGGAUACUCGAACCGUCUGCUCGACCUCGCAAGCUACGUUUUCAAGAAGUACUCGUCCUAA